AUGCUGUUGUCGCUGUCGGCGGUCGGCGUGGGACUGAACCUGUGCGGCGCCAGCCACCUGCUGCUGCUAGACCCACACUGGAACCCGCAGCUGGAGCAGCAGGCCCAAGACCGUAUAUACCGCUUCGGCCAGACGCGAAAUGUCCACAUAUACAGAUCCAUGUGCGUGGAUACGGUGGAGCAGUCCAUCAGACAGCUGCAGAACGUAAAGCUUAAAUUGGCCGACAACGUGCUGACCGGCGGUCGAUACGACAAAAACUCAUCCAAACUCUCCAUCGAGGACCUCAAUAACUAUGAGUAG